GGCGGAGACAACCCCAGCCGCAUGCCCAGCCGGCUGGGGCUUGCGCUCCUAGACGGUUGAGGUCUGGGUCUCUUGCCCCCCGCCCCCCCUCGCCGGGUGGCCCGCUGGCUGCUCAGAGCCUGACACCCAGAGCGUGGAAAGGAUCACUGAGUGUCCCCUGCUGGGGCUGCUGCCUGCAGGGAGGGGGCAGGGAAGCCCGGAGCCCCGUGCGCCACUUCCCCGGCAGCCUCGGCCUGGGUCAGGACUGGCUCGCGGUUCCCUCGCGGCUCUGCGCGGGUCCGCCUCCCCCUCCCUCCCCCUUCCCGCGAGCUGCCUCCGCCCUCCUUCCUCUGCCUCCACCCUCAACCCCCAUCCCCGGCUGUCGGGAGCUGGGCUCGGAGCCCUCAGUCUGCCCGAGCUCUGCAUGUGGGCGCCGGACAAGUCCGCGGCGCCUCCAUCCAAGAUGGACAGCCGCUACACCAGCACUGCGGGCAUCGGGGACUUGAACCAGCUGAGCGCGGCCAUCCCGGCCACGCGGGUGGAGGUGUCGGUGUCCUGCAGAAAUCUCCUUGACAGAGACACAUUCUCCAAAUCUGAUCCAAUUUGUGUCUUAUAUGUACAAGGAGUUGGAAAUAAAGAAUGGAGAGAGUUUGGAAGGACUGAAGUAAUUGAUAAUACUUUAAAUCCUGAUUUUGUAAGAAAAUUUAUCCUGGACUACUUUUUUGAGGAAAGGGAGAACCUUCGCUUUGACUUGUAUGAUGUUGACUCAAAGAGCCCCAACCUGUCCAAACAUGACUUUCUGGGACAAGUGUUUUGUACAUUGGGGGAGAUUGUUGGUUCUCAGGGAAGUCGCCUGGAAAAGCCAAUAGUAGGAAUUCCAGGGAAGAAAUGUGGUACAAUUAUACUUACAGCAGAGGAAUUAAACUGUUGCAGGGAUGCUGUUCUGAUGCAAUUUUGUGCGAACAAAUUGGACAAGAAGGACUUUUUUGGAAAGUCAGACCCUUUUCUUGUAUUUUAUCGAAGUAAUGAAGAUGGCAGUUUUACAAUUUGUCAUAAAACAGAAGUUGUCAAAAACACUCUAAAUCCUGUAUGGCAAGCAUUCAAGAUCUCAGUCAGAGCAUUAUGUAAUGGUGAUUAUGACAGAACAAUCAAAGUAGAGGUGUAUGACUGGGAUCGAGAUGGGAGUCAUGAUUUCAUUGGAGAAUUUACAACAAGCUAUAGGGAACUUUCUAGAGGACAAUCACAAUUCAAUGUAUAUGAGGUGGUGAAUCCCAAAAAGAAAGGAAAAAAGAAAAAAUAUACUAAUUCGGGAACAGUAACCUUACUCUCUUUUUUGGUAGAAACAGAAGUUUCAUUCCUUGACUAUAUUAAAGGAGGAACGCAAAUCAAUUUCACAGUGGCUAUUGAUUUUACAGCAUCAAAUGGCAACCCUGCCCAGCCCACUUCUCUCCAUUACAUGAAUCCUUACCAACUGAAUGCCUAUGGAAUGGCCCUGAAAGCAGUGGGAGAAAUCGUUCAAGAUUAUGACAGUGAUAAAAUGUUCCCAGCUCUAGGUUUUGGUGCAAAACUGCCUCCAGAUGGAAGGAUAUCUCAUGAAUUUGCUUUGAAUGGAAACCCUCAAAAUCCCUACUGUGAUGGCAUUGAAGGAGUCAUGGAGGCUUAUUAUAGGAGUCUGAAAUCUGUACAACUGUAUGGGCCAACCAACUUCGCUCCUGUAAUUAAUCAUGUAGCAAGGUAUGCUUCUUCUGUAAAAGAUGGUUCCCAGUAUUUUGUGCUCCUGAUUGUGACAGAUGGUGUUAUCUCGGAUAUGGCUCAAACCAAGGAGUCCAUAGUCAAUGCUUCAAAACUUCCAAUGUCAAUAAUUAUAGUGGGUGUUGGACCAGCAGAAUUUGAUGCCAUGGUUGAAUUGGAUGGAGAUGAUGUAAGAGUUUCCUCCAGAGGAAAAUACGCCGAGAGGGAUAUUGUACAGAUGCCUCUGAGUGUCCACCAUAUACUUCAAGCAGCCCCUGACCUGAGGUGUCAAUGCCGUAGUCUCUGUGGCUAGUCCUGUGUUUCUGCACACUGUGAACCCUGGCAGGUGAGCUGGCCCUUAAUUCAACAUGCAGACUUGCAGGGAACUGAGGAAGGAGCAAUUGUGCAAGAGGGACACUCUCCGCCUAACUCUUCUGAAGCUGUCUCAUGCCCACUGAGGACUACCUGGUACAGAGCUUUCCUCCCAGAAUUGUGCAUCCAAACCCAGGCAAGCACUCUGCCUUGGGCAUCUCCCUAACAUACUGAACAUGCUUCCACCUCUCUAAGCUGAAAUCUGCUGAGGCAAGGGGACCCAGAUUUCCCUGCCUCUCAUCUCUGUCUCUUUCAGAGUAUCACAAAGCACUUGGUCAGAAGUGUCAGCCUUUUUCUUUUUCUUCCUCUCUGGUCAGGACUGCCUUCUACAUUAUUUUGCUCGCCUUGUUGAGGUGGUAGCUGUUCUCUCUGCCCUGUGUGAAACUAUGAUGAGUGAGCAAAUCAAAACCUGCUCAUGGAUAAGGAAGUAUUAUUUGAAAUAUAUAUUGAAAAUACCUUGUAGCCACUUCACACUUUUGCUUCCAUCUGAACUUCUGUUUGAAGAAAAGGUUGGUUUUGCCAUUUAGAAUUUUGAUACAGAGAGAAAUGAAUAGAAGUAGGGAGUGGUGAGGAAUAGCAAAUAAGAGAGAGGGAAAGGGUGGUUUUAGCAACAUAGGGUAAGCAACAUAGUAAGUAGCCUUGUGAAGCUACAAAUGAAUGAUUCAGACAAGGGUCAUCUGGAGUUACAAUUUAGAUUACAGAGAGAAGCAUAAAUGUGGUUAACGGCUGGAAAUAUAGUUUUAGAGAGAGCCUUAAAGCAUUUACAGAAAGAAUCUCAGUGUGUUAGAGACUGGAUGACAGAGGGAAGUGUAGUAAAAUGAAUGAAUAAUAAAGGUGGUGUAAUUAAAGGUCUAGUGUAAGAAUGUUGUGAUAAAGAGACAAACCUAAUCAUCUAUAGAAAACAUUAAAUUAUGUAUAUUUCAUUUGUGAGUGCUUAGAACACAAUGUAAGAAUACUAAAAAAAAAAAAAAAAAAAAGCCAGAUUCCUGUUUUGUAACCAGAGUUUCCUCUUCACAGACAGGGAUAGCAUGCUCUGUGGGAGAGAUAACAAUGUUAAUAGAUGACAGAGAGAAAGCAGAACAUUUCUGUUCCUAUUUUUCUUCUCCUUUUCUUUUUUUUUCUUUUUAGCAAAGAAAUUAAAGUAAAAUGGAAAGAAUAGGAAAGAAUUUAAAGAACAGAACAAAUACUGUAAAACAGAAAUUGAAAUCCAAAUUAGCCAAGGAAUGGAGAGGAAACCCCUUUCAAGGGAUUAAAAUAUCCGGUUCUAAUACACAGGCUAAUUUGCUGAAUGAAUUAGCAAAACUCAUUGUUCAGAGUUACUACAGAAAGUUGGGAAACCAUGAAGAAUGAAAAGGACACUAGAAAACUGUAAAUAAAGGCAAACUCAUUGUCAAAGCCAAGAAAAUGCAUGAUAUCAUUGUAACAAUACCAUUAUAGGGUGGGUUAUUUCUUUUCUCCAGUAUGAAUAUGUGACAAAAUGUCAACAUUUUAUCAUUGUCUUCCUGGAAAUUAUUCAUAAGCAACAAAGAGAUGUGAAAAAAUAUAUAAAAAUCUAUUUGGGGGGAAAAACUAGGAAUCAACUAAAACUCUGGACUCACAAACAGUUGGUGACAGAAAACAAAAUUUGCCACCCUAAUAUAUGUCUCGUUGACCUAACGAUUAUCUUGUGCUGGUUAUUUUUAAGAAACUGCAGACACAGAAGAAGCUCUGAAAACUGAGUAAAAGUUACCCUUUUGUAAGAGACACACAUUUGUAAGUGAAAUCUCCAUUUGUUAAGGGUGUCUCCUUAAGGGUGUCUGUACCAGGAAGAGGAGGAUAUCCAAAUCUCUAAAAACUGAUAUCAAUUGAAAAGAAACCUACCUAAAUCUAUGUAACAACCA